GAACACCUGUACCAUUUACCAUAAAGUGACAUCUCAACCAUUUGGUAGAGGCCGAUAUAUAGGAUGUGUUGAAAAAUAAAUACAUUGAGUGUGGUUACUAGUGACCUAAGAAGAUAAGAAAUGCAAACAAAGAAAAUUUCCAUCACUUUUUUCUUGGUGCGGACAUCGAAGGGUUAAGGGCGAAACAAACGGGUGUACGAAACCAUGGCAACAAGCAACCAUGGCAGCUACGACAGAGCACAGUAAAACCGACACGGAUCAAAACCAACUUGUUGAACUUGUAAAUGACAUAAAGCGAUCCAAUGCAGAGCUACAAGCAGAGAUCGGUAUAUUUGAGCAAUAUAUUAGUCGACUGGACCUUCAGACUCAAUCGGAGGCUUUUGAAACAUCACGGAUGGAAAUGGCAACGAGUCGAGGAAGGAAAACUAAAACUAAAGUUAGCACUCCAGAGAGGCAACAGCUCCUGACACUGGAACAGAAAUGUGAUGUCGCCCAAAGCGUGCUUAAACAGAUGACUGAGGAUAUGAAGAGAGCAAAAGACCAUUCAGAAAGAGAGCUAGACAAUUACAAGGCAACCCUGGAAGAAGCUGAUAUCCACUUGGCGGAGGUUAAAAAAGAAUGUUGCCAGUUUGAUCGCGACAUCUAUAAAGCACUGCAGGACAAAAAGUGUUUGACGAUGAGUGCUGAGAAGGUCAUUAAAUACAUUGAGGACAGAAUAAGGGCCAAGGAGAACUUGAUCGAGAAGUUGCAUCGGAAGAAUGCAGCACUCGUCGCACACAAGAAAAAACUACAGGUCCAGCUAAAGCAACAGGAGGAGAUGGGUGAGGGACUGACGUCGCUGGACUUAGAGCUGCUCAAGUUUGAGAACAGCAAAUCUCGUAAACAACUGGAUAAGCAAAACCUUGAACAUUCGGAUCUCAAAAUGGUUGCAGGGAAUACUUUGCAGGCCUUGAAUUCUAAUAAGAAGAAGCUUCAGACCUUGACAGACGAGUCAGAUGUGCUGAACAGUGACAUUGCUUCACGGGGGAAGUUACUGGUUAAGAUUGAGGAGGAGAUCAAGGAAGCGGAGGAGGAACGAAAGAAAGCAGAGGCUCUUAACGAGAAGUUGAGGGGCCAGUUGGCCGACUAUCAUGUACCAAAUGUCCUACAAUACAUCGAGGUUAAAGAGUCCCAUGGCCAGCUGCAGAAGUGUGUUAAGGAAUGGGAACGCAAGGUGGAGAUUGCAGAGAUGGCAUUAAAAACACACACAAAAUCCUGGGACAAGCUUCGGAUUGCUGCUGGAGCCAGACCAGUUCCUGCACGACAUUCAGCCACAGAAUCUGGAUUGUAUGGGUUUUGAUAUGAGGUCCUAAAUAACCUCAAUGCCCAAGAAGAUGACCAUACAUUUAGCAUCUUCUGCUGAAUUUCAGCUUAAAACACAAACUGCAUCAAUAUAAAGAAAAUAAAUGCACAUAGAAAUGACAAACAACAAUGCAUUAUUAAUGAAAAGGUUUAUUAGUUAGUGCUGUGUAUAUUAAAUGCUACAUACAGAUAUUUUAGCAUGAAUGUCACAUCAACCGCCACAUGAACUUCUUUUACUAGCUCAUUCACAAUCUACAAUUUGGGGGAAAAAAAAGCUAAGGAUAAGUAUGUGCGCUUGGAAGCACAGAUACUUGGAACAGAUUACAGGAACUAACACAGCAAGCAUGCACAGGGUGGAGAGGUCUCAAAACCAUAGAAGGUCGUCGAUCGAAGGUCGACGUUCCCCUGUGGUCCUGACACGUCUGCCAAGAAUAUAGAUAUUUAUGGAGAUUUUAAACAAUUUUAAUAAAAAAAUUUAUGUACAAACAUGAAAACAUAAAAAAACAACAUACUUAUGAAAUCCAACUGCUCAUUCAUUCUUAAUGCCUAUGGUUUAAAAAAAGCCCCUUGCAUAAAUAGAUACUAUAAAGGGGAAACAAUUUGGAGGCCAAGGACUCUGUGGAGAAACUAGACAUCCCUGCUUAAGGCCAAAGUGUCACCAUCACCUCUAACCCUGUAGGAAUAGGCGAAACCUAACUGCAAGAGGGAGAUGAUCCUCAAGGGCCAGUAAUCAACAUAUAAUACUGCAUAAGCAACAGAGCCAAGAAUGUCAUUUUGCCCCAUGUAGGAUGAUGGGAAAUUGCGAUGGGGUGGGAGGGGUAAAGUAAAAAUAAAAAAGUAGGCAAAUCAAGACUUGAACAGUUCUAUUAAAAUUCAGCUUUGUGGACCAUUACAAAAAGUGGUAGAUUCUUCUAAAAUUAAAACAAGGAGAGCAU